UCUCUAUGCGUAUACAUGUAGAUAUCUUGCUCCCUUUACUCGCCACGUGCCCCUUCUGAUCAUCACACUAUAAAACACCACAAAACCCUAAUCGAACCUUCUUUUAAUCUCUUCAGACAAAGGUACUAACACAAAGGACACAUCAAUCUGAGAAGAGGGGAAACAUGAGUUCAUUGAAGGGGCUGCAACUGAUUCCAUCUGUAGAAGUAGAACAUCACAAGGUGGAAAACUAUGAGGAAUUGGAGUCGAAAUUGGAGUUCAGCCCUCUGUUAUACAGUUCCCUCGAGCGACAUCUUUCAAGCAACUUGCUCAAUUCAUCACGAGACAACAAAGUCCAAUUCAUGAGUGACAUUCUCCUUGGUUACUCUCCUCUAUCCGAGCGCAUUCGCACGCAGAAACAAAAUGAAUAUAGGCAGAGGAUCAUAUCAAACUAUCAGCCUCUACACAGUAUGCUAUAUACCAUGAAGGCAACAAACUUCUUUGUGCCCUCAUUCAUUAAGGCAAUCAGUGAGAACUCAGUGGAAAGCUUCAGAAAGAUAAUAUGUGAACCCUAUCCAGGGGUUCUAAGCUUUGAAAUGCUUCAACCACGUUUUUGUGAGAUGCUGUUGGAAGAGGUCGAAAACUUUGAAAAGUGGGUUCGUGAAACAAAAUUUAGGAUUAUGCGUCCUAACGCAAUGAGCAAAUUUGGAGCUGUUCUUGAUGACUUUGGCCUUCAAAAUAUGCUUCAGAAAUUUAUGGAAGAUUUUAUACUCCCCAUUUCAAGAGUUGCUUUUACUGAAGUUGGUGGAUCGACCCUCGAUAGCCAUCAUGGUUUUGUCGUUGAGUAUGGGAUGGACAAAGGUGUUGACUUAGGUUUGCAUGUUGAUGAUGCUGAAGUCACUUUGAAUGUGUGCUUGGGAAAACAUUUCACUGGUGGAGACUUGUUCUUCCAAGGUGUGCGUUGCGAGAAACAUAUGAACACUGAAACGCGACCAGAGGAGGUGUUUAAUUAUCCUCAUGUUGCUGGGCGUGCAAUUCUUCAUUGUGGUCGCCAUAGACAUGGUGCUAGAGCAACAACAUCUGGGAGGAGGACCAACUUGUUGAUAUGGUGCAGAAGCUCUGUGUUUAGAGAGAUGAGGAAGUACCAAACGGAUUUUUCUAGCUGGUGUGCUGAGUGCAAGCGUGACGAGGAAGAAAGAAUGCUGCAAAAACUUGCAACGCUCAAAAUUUCAGCUGUAUCAUCAUUAUGAUUUUUAAAUCUAUUAGUUUUAAAUCUUAAUAUCCCAAUACCCUAUCUAUCGGUUGAACGAAAGUUUGAAGUUUUAUGAGUGAAAGACUGCUUUAUUUCACUGAAAUGUUGAUGGUCAAACUAUUAUUUACAAGUACUUAACUUUAUCGUGGAAAUUAAGAUCUAUUUCUUUAGGAACAA